AUGGAUCCCCGGUUAAAAACCAUCACCAUCAGCAACCCCAACACCACCCCCAGCAACACAACCAUCACCGCCCCCAGCACAACCAUCACCCUCAUCCCAACCACUUCCUCACCCCCAACCUCGACCACAACCUCAAUCACCCCCAGUGCCACCAGCACCCUCUCCCCGCUCAAGACCCCCUCUUCCACCACCUCAUCACCACUUGGCUCCGCCACCUACACCACAUCCUCCAAGCCCACGCUGUGGUUGUCCGCGUCCAACACAUCCACGACACCAGAUAGCGGCAAGUUAAUUCCCAUCUCCUCUGGAACGUCGUGCCGCUGA